AUGCAAACCAUCAAGUGUGUCGUAGUAGGAGACGGUGCCGUCGGAAAGACGUGUCUGUUGAUAUCAUACACAACGAACAAGUUCCCGAGCGAAUAUGUUCCAACCGUGUUUGAUAACUAUGCCGUUACCGUCAUGAUCGGAAGCGAACCGUACACCCUUGGUCUGUUUGAUACCGCUGGACAGGAGGAUUAUGACCGUCUCCGCCCCCUUUCAUAUCCCCAAACCGACGUGUUCCUCGUCUGUUUCUCGGUUGUAUCACCAGCAUCGUUUGAGAACGUGAAGGAGAAGUGGUUCCCAGAGGUACGGCAUCACUGCCCCGGUGUUGCCUGCAUCCUAGUCGGCACGCAAGUGGACUUAAGAGACGACCCGGCGACGAUCGAGAAGCUCGCCAAGAACCGACAGAAGCCCGUCGGCACCGACCCCGGCGAGCGCCUCGCCCGCGAACUCGGCGCCGUCAAGUACCUCGAAUGCUCUGCACUCACGCAAAAAGGACUCAAGAACGUCUUUGAUGAGGCUAUCAUCGCUGCCCUUGCUCCGCCGACCGUUAAGGGCAAGAAGAAGUGCACUGUGCUGUGAAGAACUCUCACACCCAAUCAAUAACUACACCACUACUACUACCGCCGACUCGAACUUCUCUUUUCUCGCUUGACAACAAUCGCAAUCACCGUCCGCGCGCUUUUUUUCGACACCACCUCACUCGAUAUCGUGGGCUGGAUUGGAGGGUGGGGCUUGGAUGGAAGAGUUUGGAGGAGGGGAAUGAGGGGAUCGAGAUCGAUUGCUGGAGGUCUUGGGAGGCGUGGGCGAAAAAAACAACAUACACAAAAAGACAUCUUAAACCAACAAAAGUACGCCAACCUAUCCAGCGACGGAUUAUGGGGUCGAAAACCCCCGUGAUCUGAGACUUGAUUCUACACCGCAUCGCGACCUACCUUCCCUACCACCAAUCCCACACAGACCAAUCUACCCACACUCAACCCACCACGAAACGAGCGAAGCGGCAUUACAAAGAAAA